AUGAUCCCGAUAAGAUCAUCCUCGUCAGACGAAGAAGAAAGGACGGCGUUCAUUGAGCCAACUCCUGUAUAUCGUGAUCAGAAACAGGGUUCAUGGAGAGGCAUUUCCCGUCCUUUCAUCCUCCUCAGCAUUUUCAAUUUCUUGGCGUUGGGACUCACUGUCACCAUCCUGACCUUAUGGCACAAUGGACACACAAAACCGUCAGCUAGUCCCAAUGAAGUAUACCGACAAGUGAACGGCCCCUCUCCACUUUACGACCAGGUGCCUCUCAACCCAUACAAGACCACCACCAACGGCACCUUCUGGCCGGCCAACAGGCCCGACGGCGGCAGCGUAGCCCGGAAGAUGCCCAACCCGGCAGACGAGGCCGUCUGGGACGACUGGGAGCUGACCACCGUCGUGCCCGUGACGGCCGCCGGCAUCCGCGAGCUGGGCAAGGACAUCUCGACCGCCGCAAAGCUGGAGGACGACGUCUGGGGGCUCGGCGACGACGCAUACGCGGGGGUGCUCGACGUCUUCCACCAGAUACACUGCCUGAACCAGCUGCGCAAGUUUGCCUACGCGGACUACUACCACAUGAAAAUCGCCAACGCGGACCCGGAGGCCCUGACCACACAUGAGGUGCAUACCAACCAUUGUGUGGAUAUUAUAUUGCAGGCUAUACAAUGUUCUGGGAACCUGCAGUUGGUCACGAUGCACUGGAUGGAGCGACAGCAGUACCCGUUCCCUGACAUGAGCACGAAUAGGCAAUGUGUUGAGUUUGAUAGGAUCACCCAGUGGCGAAACGACAACAGGAUCGACAUGAAGAAGUUUGUCGCGACGAUGAAGAAGGAUCAACAGCCUGGUCCUGUCAAAGAACGACCAGCAGAAAAGGGAUACCUAGACAUGUUUGGGGAAUGA